AUGCCGUUCAUAAGAACCCUGGUUGUGCUGGCUGUCCUCUGCGCGCCAACCUCCAGCCUCUGUCUCAGACUGUACCAGAGCGACUCCAACCUCCUCUGUGACGAUGAAAUACUAUCUGAGGUUCAGACGAACGACGUUCCCAGUGACGAGUUCCCAGUGUCGGAAAGCUGGGGCUCCCUCUUCAAGUCCGGAGACACUCUCUCCUCCGCAGAGUCGCGGGAGAAAAGGACUUCGACUUACCCCGCCAACUACAGGUUUCUCAGUCAGACGCAGCUAAGGAGUAAGAUGUUCCAGAACAGCAUAAAUAAUGACCGGCUAAGCAAGUUUACCCUGUCUCUAGAUGUGCCCACCAACAUCAUGAACAUUCUCUUUGACAUCCAAAAGUCCAAGAACCUGCGCGCAAAAGCGGCCGACAACGCGCGUCUGAUGGCGCAGAUUGGACGAAGGAAGAGACAGUAG